GGGACACUUGAGUUCUUUCUUUAAAAGCAAGACACAAAGUUCUCCAGCACACGACGUGAAGAAGCAGGGAGUGAAGUAUCUAGGUUUAAUGCAACCCGGGGUGAUCAAAAUCGACACAUGAAAGAUGCAACGGGUGAAGUUUUCAGUGGGUCUGGUUCUGCUCUGUGUGCUUCCCAUGUGGAUUGGAUCAAGUAACGGGUGCUUUGCUGAGGACGGUGGUCAGUUAAAAUUGCAUCUAGAACAGAAGCUUAUAACUGCAGCAGCAGGAUGUGCCCAGAUCCCGUGUGGAUUUACUGAUCUACCAACAACAUUCAUGGCCAGAGAGAUCUGGUUCAAAGGCAGCCCGGCGUCCCCCCUCAGCCCAGAAGAGGUGGAGAAAAAGAAUGGACUGUCGAGACCACUUUCUACACUUAAAGAAUGCAGCAUUAUUCUGUGGGACCUCAUCGGACUGGACAGAACUGAAGAAUAUGGGUUCAUGUUAAAAUUAGCAACAAAUGAAACGCACAUCUUUCCUGAGACGGUUCAAGUAUCUUACUCUGCUGUGAAAAUGAACAUCAGUCUAAGCUCCGACAUCAUAGUAGCCACAAAGAUGACACUUCUAACUUGCAGUCUUUCGGACCUCUGUCUUGCUAGUGAUCCAAAAAUAACCUGGAAAGGGCUCAGAUCAAAACAAUAUUUUCCCCUGAGGUAUCGACUGAAAGAAGAUAACGUUUUAAAAUACUAUGAGAAUCUUCAUUACUCACCUGUGUCUGAAGACCACCAAACAGAGAUCACAUGCGAGGUUACGUUUGGAAAAAAUCUGACCGCCAGUGCUACGGUUACUUUAACAGUUCACUCUGAGCCUCAGAUACUGAACAGCUCUGCAUGCACCCGGCAGCAGGAUCUUCUCACCUGUGUGUGUGUUAGUCAGGGUGUGCCUUUGCCUGAUAUUCACUGGCCUCUACUGAAGGGCAAACGUGAUUUUACUACAGUCAGAGCAUCCGAUGGUCACAUGACUGUAAACAGCACCUUCAUGAUAACUGCUGAGGACUUUGGCAGGAUCGGGACUGUGAUUUGCAUUGGUACAAAUGAGCUUGGUCAGGCAAAUAUGACACUUCCAGUGAUCUUUGAAGGUAAUCCAGAUCAGUCAAAUGAACUCCCUGUGACUUUCGAAGGUAAUCCAGAUCCAGACACAAAAUAAAAACAAGUGUAGAGAUUAUUAGGGUUUAUGUUCAGAGUGAGUUGAGGGGCAUAUGACAAGCGUCCUGGAUUCCAAAGACAAUAUUGGUGUGUUUAAGAAUAUGGAUGAUGUGAGAAUAAUUUGAGGAACUAUUUUCAUUCAUUUUAACAAUCUUAUGUAUUUAUACACUUUGUUGAAACGUUUCAUAUAUCUUAAAUGUUCUUAUACGCAUGUAAGAACUGUUGUUCUUAAUAAAACUGGCAUAUAGAGCUCUUGGUAAUCUA